AUGUGCCGCCACUAUACACAACCGGCCGCCAAGGACAACCCGCCGUCCGUGCACCAGCAGCAGCCGCGUCCGCACGACGUGUUCGUCCGGCCGGUUAGGGCGGCGAACCUCGCAGCGGAGGUGGCCACCAUCCGGUCCCUCCUGCCGCGGUACCCCUGCGUCACCGUCCACGCGGAGUACCCCAGGUGCGACGCCGACCACAUCCUUCUGCCACCCGGCGUGCGCGAGGAGGAUCUCUCCCCGGCGCAACGUUACGCGCUCGCCAAAAUCGACAUCGACACGCUCCCGGUCCUCCAGCUCGGCAUCACACUCUGCGACGCCGACGGGAGGCUCCCUGUGCUCCCCGGCCCGUGGGGCGCCGCCGAGGCCGUGUGGCAGGUCGUGUUCCGCUACUCCGACACUCGCCGCGGCGUGAGCCUGGGGGCGUUUGCAGCCGCCUUGUUCGCCUCAGGUGCGGUCUCUCCCGAGACCUGGGGUAGGGUUACGUGGGUCGCGUACGGUGGACUGUAUCACUUCGGUUUCCUGCUCAAGAUCCUCACCGGCGGCGGCGUGCCGCUGCCGGACACCAAGGAGGAGUUCUCGGUGAUGCUCGGAGCAUACCUCGGCCAGGGCGUGCUGGACGGGAAGUACGUAGCCGCGCGGCUGCCGUUUUGCGCGAGCCUGGAGGGCGGUCUCACGUACGUGGCGGCGAUGCUCGACACACCUGCCGUGGCGGCAACGGAGCUAUGGCAGGCUGGGCAGAAGAGCCUUGUUGCCUGCCAGGUGUUCAUGCGGAUGAAAGGGCUCUUCUUCGCGUGGCAUGGCAUAGACAUGCAUGCCGGUCGAAUCCACGGUCUGCACUGA